AUGCUUGCCAAUACUGGGACGACCGAAACAAGACUUAUGGUGCAUCGCUUAUUAAUAAAUACUAUACAUGCUAUGUGUACAUCUUUUCCUCUCGAUGAAAGCAAACUCGCUAGACUGAAAGCUCUGCUUCUAACGCUUUCGGAGCCUCAAAGCGGCUCAUUGUUCAAUCUUCCAUCUCGAGAAAAUAUGAGCACAAGCUCCAUACAAGACACCGGUAUCGCGGCUUUGAACGCGACCGAAUCUCUAGCUAAUCUGCUUUCGGAAGUGACUACGGUGGCUGCGCCUUCCAUUGAUGUUUCGAACGCCUGGCGUUCCAGGUGGAUGAGUCUCGUUGCUAGCACUGCAUUCCAGAGCAAUCCUGCUAUUCAGCCUCGAGCAUUCACGGUUAUGGGUUGCUUGGCCCGAGAAGAUGUUGAUGACGAUCUCCUUUAUCAGGUCCUUGUUGCACUCAGAAGUAGCAUCGGCCGUUAUAUGGAAGAAGGUGACAGCGAGAUGCUAAUUGCUAUUGUGUCUUCUCUGACGAAGAUGAUGGAAAAACUUCCAACUGCCUCUCGCUAUGGCGUUCAAUUGUUCUGGCUUGCCCUCUCACUCGUCAGGCUAGUUCCUCUACCUUUAUACAACUGUACUGCCUCAUUUUUGGAAGCUGUUGUUGGCAACAUUGCUACUUCUGGAGAUUUUGAAGAUGGUAGAAUGGUUUUCACGUUAUUGCAAGGCCGUGUUCCUCUUGAAGAAGCGGCAACGCAGCUCGACGAAAUGUAUGGUAUACAUUUUAGUAUGGAAAGUUUUCACUUUGCCGUUGUUGCUACGCUGGUUAAAGGUCUGGCUGAUAACGUCACCAAGAAUACUUCAAUACGAGUUCUAUCGACAUUAUUGGAAAUCACUAGUGUCAGCACACCGCACGGCACGAGAUUUCCAGAUGAUCUCUCUGGCAUCCCGUAUCUCGGAACAUUGAUAGCACGAUCACUCAGCCCAUCCAGGUCAGAUACAAAUAAAUCCUUCUUGUUCAGUGCGGAGAAUCCCGUUGGUGAUUAUGUCACACCCGGGGAUAUCAUGCGCCUAAUCGAUAUGGAAAAGAUCAAGGACAAGGAAUUGUUGUUGAAUGUUGCCAUUGGUCUAAUUGAUUUCACGUUCUUGGAAGACUCGGUGCAAUAUCGUUGUCUACUAUGGCUCAACCAAGUCGCACUCCAAAGGCCAACUGUCGCUUUACAUCUGUAAGUAUUUACUCGUGCACAUGCGUUUUCCAAACUAAUUCUCGAAGGUGUUCUCCUAUCAUCAAUAUGCUCGACAAUCUACUCAUUUCCUGCCAGAAUGCGGCAACACUCGAGUCCGCUCAUGAUUUACUCCGUACUAUUACAUCAAACCCAAAGUUCUCGGGCGCCGUAGAUACUUCUGAAAUGUUGGAAGAUGUCCUUGAAGGAAUUGGAUUCGGUGGGCUUUGGCGCUCAACGACGUUUCAUGUUCGGAAUGAGAAUGAGAGGCAGUGUACCAUUCUCACAGACAAGCUUAUUGAGGUAUGUUUCCCUUGUCAUAUUCGCUUACUAGAAGCCAUACUAACAUUCUUUUUCACCAGCUCAUUAUUGCAUAAACGAGGGGUAAAAAGCAUGCAUCAUGGAGUCUUGUUUUUUUUUGUUUCUGCUACGCAAAAGAGCGACAUAUGCAAUUUUCUUUGGUUCUGUUCCGUCAUUUUUGCUCAUUUUUGUUUAUCGUUACUCUUCUAUCGCAUUUUUAUAUAUCCCUUUUCAUGGUUCCCUUUUUUGAUGCUCUCAUGGAUUUAUGAAUGAAUGAAUUUGAUAAAAAAGUGGAGGUGCAUGGAUAAAACGAUGAGUGACGGUGAUAUAUAUAUAUAUAUAUAUGGUGGGGAACAGGUCGUAAGGGCUUGUGAAGGAUGGAAGUUGAUAGCGUGAAGGAUUGUUGAUAUCUUUUAGGUAAUUAAGCUGGAUAUAUGAUACCCUGUUGCUAGACAGAUAUUUUGCGUCCAUGCCCCCUUUUCUCGCUGUUCAUACGCUUUAACGGGGAUGGAGAUGAGAUUUGCG